AAGGAAGUAGUUAUAAUUAUCUGACCCCUCUUUGCCACCGACAGCGCCGAUCGUCCACUGGGGCCGGAUCAUUUGUGGCAAAUCCCAUCAAUUUUUCCUUUCUACCCCAGUCCAGGCCUCAUAGCGGGGAGGAAGGAUAUAACACCAUAAUCCAACUGAUACCAACUGAUACUACCCGAUACCUACGAUAUAGCGGGAGGGCAGACUGCUGUUGGUUGAUCAGAAAGUGACCAGUUCCGCACCACACGCCAUCGAAUCAAUAAUGUCACAUUAAAAUCCUUGCUGAACCGGAAAACAAUUCCUGUUUCCACCAACAGGCCGACGCUUUCAUCCUUAUUCCCCCCCGGCAUUUCCCCCUCCUCCUGGUCGAACCGACCUGAGGGUUGCUUCCUCUCCAAGGAGAGGAGUCAAUAAUAAGCGUCACAGCGAUGAGCGCAACAAAAUCCGUGCUGCCUGUCGAAGGCGACGACGGCCACGCGCAUUCUGCCAAGAGGAAAAACGUAUCGAUAGCGUGUAAUAACUGCCGAUCGCGGCGACUCAAAUGUUCUGCCACGUUGCCGUCGUGCAUGCGAUGUACGGAGAACGGGAAGAUAUGUAUCUACGAGCAAGAUGACAACCGCAAAAAAGCUGUCUGGAAAUCACGAGUCGAUAGGCUACAGGCCGAGAAUGAGCGCCUCAAGAGUAUCAUCGAACGGCUUAAGGGCAGUACAGAUGCCGAUGCCGCGCAGCUUUUGCAGCAGCUGAGAGGUGGUGAUUCCGAUUCGACCAGCGCCAGCAGCAUGCGGACGGCCAAGGAUAGCAGUUCGCCUGGACAAACGCCUCCGACGGAGCCAUCAAUGUCGCAAGAUGCGACGAUGCCGACGAUGCCCCCUGAUAGCAUUGGCGAGAUUCUGAUGCAGGCCGUCGGACCCGACCCAGACGCUUUCAUAGCGGAGGUCAAGGUCUCUAACCUUCCACCCGAGCAGCUCACCCGACAGGCGAUCCACGCAUUCUUCUCAUGCGGCGCGACGUUAUUCUAUAUCACGACAGAAGAGGAGGCUGCAGCCUUGAUCACCGAGGUGUACCACAGUGACACGAUCGACACGGAGGACAUCUGUGACAUGUGCGCCCUCGCGGCGAUCGGCAGCCAGUAUGCCGUCACCCAGAUCCCGUCUGCAAUGAGAGAUCUAUACUUCCGAUACGCGUGUGCUCUCAUGCAUGGUACCAUGGAGAAGGAUGACAUGCGCAGCAUGCGGGUGUUUAUCUGUCUGUCAAUGGUGUCGAUCAUGGAGAAACGCCAACGGGCGCCGAGGUUGAUUGCCUACGGUCUCAAGAUCGCUCGGUACAAUCUUCUUGGCCGGAUCCACAGCGCUGAAGAAGAAACAUGGCCCGAAUGGGCGCGGCUUAUGCGAACAUUAGCCUUUAUGGAAUGCUGGCUCUCCUUCACUCUUGGGUUCAGUUUCAAACUGACGAACAAGGACAUGGUGUUGAUUUCGCAGUUGCGUGUCGAAGACCCAGAUGUGGUCAGCGCAGACCUGAUCCAGAUGCAAAUGAGCCGGAUCGCCCUGCUCUGCGCUCAGAUCUACUCGGAGAUCUGCCACAUGAAGGAGCCGGCGUGGGAGACGGUGAACGAACGUCUGCGACAGGCCGACCGCUGGUCGCAAGAGCUCCCCGCCGCGCUGCAGCUCCAGACGCUGCUGCAGGUUGGUGACGACGGUCUGUCCGCUCCCCGGCGACGGGCGCUCUUCCUCGUGCACAUGAUCCACAUCGGCAGCCAUGUGCUGCUCUACCAGCACGUGCUGGGGACGACGUGGCGGACGGUUACAGCAGGAGAUCCGUUCAGCGUCAUGGGCUUUCUCCAGUCUUCGGCGUGCAUCCACAGCGCUUAUACGGCUGUCACGCGGCAGCAGUCCCAGAUGUGCUUCAUGCUCUACCGGCAAAACGGAGUUUUCCAGCGUUGCUGGCUCGUCAUGUGGUAACACGUCAUUCCAUUCGAGCAUUCUUCUCCUGUUGAGCAUGACACACCGCCUGCUGAUGGGACAAGCGGCGUCGACACUGGCGGACGACAUGCAGCUGGUGGAAUGUAGCCUCGAGAUCCUCACCUUCUGCGGCCAGGCGGAUCCGUCGGCGGCGAAUUUCCUGCAGAGGCUGGCGCCAACAGUGUCUG